CGCGCCGGAGCAGCAUCAUCAAGGAUCCUGCAAACCAAAAAUGUGGGAGGAAGAAAACAGUGUCCUUCAGCAGCAUGCCCUCGGAGAAGAAGAUCAGCAGCGCGAGCGACUGCAUCAGCUUUAUGCAGGCCGGGUGUGAGCUGAAGAAAGUUCGUCCAAAUUCCCGGAUUUACAACCGUUUUUUCACUCUGGAUCCUGACCUGCAGGCCCUUCGCUGGGAGCCCUCCAAGAAGGACCUGGACAAAGCCAAGCUUGAUAUUUCUGCUAUAAAAGAAAUCAGGCUAGGGAAGAACACGGAGACGUUCAGGAAUAACGGGCUCGCGGACCAGAUUUCUGAGGACUGCGCUCUGUCCGUAAUCCACGGUGAGAACUACGAGUCCCUUGACCUGGUUGCUAAUUCGGCCGACGUGGCCAAUAUUUGGGUUUCGGGGUUAAGGUACUUGGUUUCUCGUAGCAAACAGCCUCUGGAUCUGAUAGAAGGCAGCCAUAACACCCCGCGGUUUGCGUGGCUGAAAACUGUGUUUGAGGCAGCAGAUGUCGACGGUAACGGCAUUCUGUUGGAGGACACGUCUGUGGAGCUCAUCAAGAAGCUCAACCCCACCCUGAAGGAAGCAAAGAUCCGGUUAAAAUUCAAGGAGAUUCAGAAGAGCAAGGAAAAACUGACCACGCGAGUCACGAAGGAGGAAUUUUGUGAAGCGUUCAGUGAACUUUGCACCAGACCUGAAGUUUAUUUCUUACUCGUGCAGAUAUCUAAGAACAAAGAGUAUCUCGAUGCCAACGACCUCAUGCUGUUCUUGGAGGCUGAGCAGGGAGUGACCCACAUAACGGAAGAGAUGUGCCUAGACAUCAUACGUAGGUAUGAACUUUCUCAAGAGGGGCGGUUGAAAGGCUUCCUCGCCAUCGAUGGCUUCACGCAGUAUUUGUUGUCCCCAGAAUGUGACAUUUUCGACCCGGAACACAGGAAGGUUGUCCAGGACAUGUCGCAGCCUCUGUCUCAUUACUACAUCAACGCGUCCCACAACACGUAUCUGAUAGAAGACCAGCUCCGGGGGCCGGCCGACAUCAACGGCUACGUCCGCGCCUUGAAGAUGAACUGCCGCAGCAUCGAGCUGGAUGUGUGCGACGGCCCGGACAACGAGCCCGUCGUCUGCAACCGGCACAACGUGACGGCGCCGCUCGCCUUCCGCAGCGUCAUCGAGGUCAUAAACAAGUUGGCCUUCUUCGCCUCGGAGUAUCCCCUCAUCCUGUGCCUGGGGAACCACUGCUCGCUGCAGCAGCAGAAGGUCAUGGUCCAGCACAUGAAGAGGGUCUUCGGAAGCAAGCUCUACACGGAAGCACCUUUGCCGUCGGAUGCCUACCUGCCGUCGCCCGAGAAGCUGAAAAUGAAGAUCAUCGUGAAGGGGAAGAAGCUGCCCUGCGAUCAGGACGUGCUAGAAGGAGAGGUCACGGAUGAGGAUGAGGAGGCUGAGAUCUCCCGGCGGCUGUCGGAGGACUUCUCGAGGGAGCCCAAGCUCAUCUGGCUCUGCAGGGAGUUGUCCGACUUGGUGUCCCUCUGCAAGUCUGUCCAGUACAAGGACUUUGAGACGUCAAUGAAAAGCCAGAAUUACUGGGAAAUCUGCUCCUUCAGCGAGGCCGAAGCCAACCGGUUUGCAAACGAGUACCCUGAGGACUUUGUCAACUACAAUAAGAAGUUUUUGUCCCGGGUGUACCCCAGUGCUAUGAGAAUAGACUCCAGUAACCUAAAUCCUCAAGAUUUUUGGAACUGCGGUUGCCAGAUAGUGGCCAUGAACUACCAGACCCCCGGGCCCAUGAUGGACCUGCACACGGGCUGGUUCCUGCAGAACGGGGGCUGCGGCUACGUCCUGCGGCCUUCCGUGAUGCGCGAGGAGGUCUCCUACUUCAGCGCCAACACCAAGGGCAUCGUCCCCGGCGCCUCUCCCCAAGUGCUGCACGUCAAGAUCAUCAGCGGGCAGAACUUCCCCAAGCCCAAGGGCGCGUGCGCCAAGGGCGACGUUAUAGACCCCUACGUCUGCAUCGAGAUCCACGGCAUCCCUGCAGACUGCACGGAGCAGAGGACCAAGACGGUGCAGCAGAACAGCGACAACCCCAUCUUCGACGAGAGCUUCGAGUUCCAGAUCAACCUGCCGGAGCUGGCCAUGAUCCGCUUCGUGGUGCUGGACGACGACUACAUCGGCGACGAGUUCAUCGGGCAGUACACGGUGCCGCUGGAGUGCGUGCAGCCGGGCUACCGCCACGUGCCGCUGCGCUCCUUCGUCGGGGACCUCCUGGAGCACGCCACGCUCUUCGUGCACGUGGCCAUAACCAACCGCGGCGGCGGCGGCGGCGGGAAGGCGCCCAAGCGCAGCCUCUCGGCGCGCAUCGGCAAGAGGGCCCGCGACUACACCCUGCUCCGGAGCACCGGCCUCAAGGCCAUCGACGACAUCUUCAAGCUGGCCGUGCCCCCGCUGCGGGAGGCCACGGACCUGAGGGAGAACGUGCAGAACGCCGUGGUGUCGGUGAAGGAGCUGUGCGGGCUGCCUCCCAUCGCCAGCCUCAAGCAGUGCAUCCUCACGCUGUCGUCGCGGCUCGUGGGCGCCGACAACGCGCCCUCCGUGGCGCUCGCCAUGAGGGACGCCUUCCCCUACCUGGAGCCCCUGGGCGCCCUGCCCGACGUGCAGAAGAAGGUCCUGGCCGCCUACGAGCUGAUGAUCCAAGAGAGCAAGUGUCUUAUCGAAACGGCAGACUCCACUCACGACAAGAUCGUGCAGUGUCAGAAAGCAGGGAUGGAGUUCCACGAAGAGCUUCAUAACCUCGGCACCAAGGAGGGCCUGAAGGGCAGGAAGCUAAGCAAAGCCAUCGAAAGUUUCGCCUGGAAUAUCACGGUGCUGAAGGGACAAGGGGACCUCCUGAAGAACGCCAAGAGCGAGGCUCUGGAGAACAUGAAGCAGAUCCAGCUGGCGUGCUUGUCGUGCGGGCUGAGCCGGGCUGGGAGCGCGCCCCCGGACGCCAAGGCCAAGCGCUGCCUGGAGGCCAUACAGGAGAAGGACACUGGAGACGAGAACGGGAGGCUGUGAGAGAAGAAAGAAAGAGCUCUCGUGGCUGUCACAGAUUUCAAUAACUCUAAACUAUUUUUUUAAGGCGUUUAAAAAAUUCACACAGGAAUGCCCUCUGCAGGGUGUUGAUAGUAUUAAAAUUCUCACGAUGUCAGUAUUUUAAUGCAGUUAAUUUAUCGAAGUUAAACUCUCUGAUAGUGAGAUUCCUAACGAAGCCAAGCUGUGUGUAUGCGAGCGCGUCCGUGUACACACGUGCAAAUCCUGUAGAUGCCCUUUCAUGCAUUACUGUAGCCAUUUGCUAAUUUAUUCUCUUGUCACCUUUGAAGAGACCUGUUUCUUCUGAAGAUCAAAACAAAUAGAGAGUAUUUUGUACCAGUUUUGUGCUUUAUUUUAUUCUCUAGCUUUUAGCCUUUAACUUAUAGGUUACAUUACUGUUACGUUGUUUGAAACAAACAAAAUCCAACAGAAAUGUCACCAGUGGCUGUUUUUGUGAGGGCAAAAACAGUGUAUGUAUGCUGCAGUUCCUGAACAUGAUUUUUAAUGAACAAUUAAAACUAAGCAGGACACUAAGUGGUCAGAGUUUUUGGAUAGACUCUGUUUAGAUGUACAUUUCACUGAAUUUUAGCAAUCGCCACUUUGGAAUACAUGCCGAUAAUCUGUAGGAGAAUGAGCUACUUUAUUUCAUUCCAGAAAAUCAUCGCUGUGUUUUAGAUCUGCAGGGCAGCUCCCGCCUUUGCUGAUAGGCAUUUAAUUUGUGAGGAGCGUAGCUAGUCAGCCCCUUAGUUACAGUGGGAGCUGUGAAUAUUGCUCCGUGGCCGCUGUCCCGGAAGGCGACCUGCAGCACCCACCGGGGCUGGUGUUUUGGAAAGGAGGUUCCAUGGAUUUCACACGCUGUGGGCUUUGGAAAGCUGGUGAGGGGUCGGAUCUUGCUUUUGUUGCACGGAUUCAUGAUCCUGGUGGAGUCCGUUGGAUGAAGCAAGCAGGGCCUGGUCACCAGUCCUCGCAGCUGCGAGCUGUGCCGGGCUAGAAAUUCAGAGCAAGGCUGCCGAGCUGCUAAAUCCAGAGAGAAAUAGCUUGGAAAAUAACCAACAAAACAGGGUACCAGCAUUUUUGUGCAUCAGUUGUAAAUGUCUUGACACACAUCAAAUGUUUAGGGCAAUUUUGAGAAUUGGAUGCCUUUUUUUGUUGUGCUGCUGUGGAAAGGAGACCAAGAAUGUCCCAAAGCAAGGCGUCCUUGACCAUCGCAGUGUCCCGUUCACAACGUUCCUUUCAAUCCGAAGUACUGUGUUCAAGUGUAGUAUUUGUGUUGCCUUUAACAGGACUAAGUGUUUUAUGUUUAUAAAAAGACUAUAUUUAUUUAAAGCAUUGCUUUUAUUUUGAAAAGCUACUUUUUAAAUUAAUUUGAUUAACAAAUAUGCUAAUUUUCUGAACUUAACAAAAAAGAAUUGCUGAAAGUUUGACCAUUGGAGAACCUUAUAUAGCUACUGUGUUAAGUUAUUUUUGACUUCUUAAUAACACUAUUAUGUUCAUGUUGCACAUUACUGAGAGAGUAAAGCAAUGAAACAACUUUGACC